UUACCUCACUAUGAGUUUCUUGGUCGUGUCUUGGGAAAAGCAGUUUAUGAAUCGAUUUUAGUGGAACCGCAGUUCUGCCUGCCAUUUCUCAACCAAUUGGUUGGCAAGUCUAAUUCUUUGGAGGACUUGCAAAACUACGAUCCUGAGUAUUACAAAAACGUGACGAAGCUUUUAAGUUUGAGUCCUCCGGAAAUCGAUAGUAUGGGCUUGACAUUUGAGUUGACGCUUGGAGCGGGGUCGUCUUCUAGAACGGUAGAGCUUCUACCGGGGGGGAAGGAUCUGCCCGUCACUACGCAGAAUGCGAUCCAGUACGUUCAUCUAUUGGCGCACCGACGACUCAACAUUGAGGGUUCUCGCCAGGUCAAAGCUUUUCUGCGAGGCUUUCGUGAUCUCAUCCCAGCGUCCUGGGUCCGCUUGUUCUCUGCUUACGAGUUGCAGAAGCUCGUGAGUGGUGACGAUACUAUUCGUGGUAUCGAUGUUGCCUCGUUGAAAGCGAGUACGCAGUAUGCGUCUGGAUUCCAUCCAUCCCAGCCAGCAAUUCAAUGGUUCUGGGAGAUUAUAGAGGAGCUUACUCCUGGUCAACAGCGCAAAUUCCUAAAGUUCAUGACGUCAUGCUCGCGGCCGCCACUUUUGGGCUUCGAAAGCCUUGUACCCGCGCCUUGCAUUCAGCAAAUACGACUCCCUGACGCUCUCUUUUUAGAGGAGGAGGAGGUUUUGGUAAAGAGAUCACCCCUUCCAACCUCAAGUACAUGCAUGAAUCUACUCAAGCUACCAAACUAUGGGUCGAAAAAGCUUAUGCGCAACAAGCUCACAGCUGCGAUUGAAUCGGGAUCCGGCUUCGAAUUGACCUAA